AUGACUUGUUCACAUCUUCUGCAAAUUCAUACUCCAGAUGCAAUACAAAAUAUUUAUAGCAGAGAAUGCACACAAUGCUUUGAUUCUUGGGAUAAUUUAUUAGGUAUUGAUGUAUGUCUUUUUUGUUUUAAUGCAGGAUGCUUGGACAAGCAAAGGCAUCAUGCACUAACUCAUUUCGAACGAACACAGCAUCCACUUGUUGUGAAUAUUAGAAGGAUAACAAAAAAUAUGGAUCAAAGAAACAAAUCUUUACAGAAACAAAGAAAAUUGGUUAUUGAAGAAAAGAUUGAAGCAUAUGAUAUUCAAACAUGUGUUAAGUGCUAUUCAUGCAAGAUUUCAGAUAUAUGUGAUGAAUCUGGUCAUUUAAAAAAUGUUAUUGAUUCUAUCUUAUCAUCGCCUUCAUCUAUACAGAAAAAUGAAAUGAAAUCAUGGGAACAGGAAAUAACAUGUUGUGAACAUGCAUUUUCUUUGUUUCAAGAUGAACGAGUCAAUGAUUAUCGACUUUUUUCAUCAUGCAUCCAAUGCGAUUUAAAAGAAAAUUUAUGGUUAUGCUUACAAUGUGGAAAUGUUGGUUGUGGGCGUCGUCAAAACAUUGGAAUUGAAGGAAAUGGGCAUGCGUUGUUGCAUUUUGAAAAAACCUCGCAUCCUAUAAGCGUUAAACUUGGAACAAUUACACCAGAAGGAACAGUAGACAUAUACUGUUAUCUUUGUAAUGAUGAAGUCCUUGAUCCAGACCUUCCGGCCCACUUAAAGCAUUGGGGGAUAGAUAUUAAUGAACAUGAGAAAGUAGAAAAAAAUUUAAUCGAGCUUCAACUUGAGCAAAAUAUGAAAUGGGAUUUUGUUUCUUUUGAUAGUAAUAGCAAAAAUGAAAAAUUAUUAUCUGGUCCUGGGCUUGUAGGUCUUAAAAAUUUUGGAAAUACAUGUUAUCUUUCAUCUGUUUUGCAAGUAAUAUUUUCUUUUAAGGUAUUUCAGGAACGAUAUAUGUCAUCUUUUCAAGAACAUCCACUACAUUGCAAGUUUUCAUCUCCAUCUUUAUGUCUUGAAUGUCAAUUAAAUAAAAUAGCAGAUGGACUUAUAUCUGGACGUUAUUCUACUUCUACAGAAAAUAUGAAUUCUUUAGAAAGAAUAAGAUAUGAAAAUGCAAUAACACCCUCUAUGUUUAAGAUGCUUGUAGGGAAAGAUCAUCCUGAAUUUUCUACUAUGAAACAACAAGAUUCCUUUGAAUUUUUACUUCAUCUUUCAAAAUUAAUAUCUCAAAAAAGCCGUGCAUCUAAUUUAUAUGAUCCUACUACAGUCUUUCGUUUUCGUAUUGAGCAACGAUUACAAUGUCUUUCAUGUAAGUGUGUAAGAUAUAGUUCACACGAUCAAGAUAACAUUUCUCUUUCUUUUCCUACAAAAAACGAUUCUGAUGAUGAAAGUAUUCUUAAAGAAAUUACUCUGGAAGAGUGUCUUGAUUUAUAUACUAGUGAUGAAAGUAUCGUAUAUUUCUGCAAAAGUUGUGGAGAAAAAGGAAAUGCUAAUCGACGAAACCUAUUUUCAACUUUCCCUGAAAUUUUUGUUAUUAAUAUUCAGCGUUUCGAAUUAGUAAAUUGGGUUCCUAGAAAACUGGAUGUAUCUAUUAUUUUUCCUGAAGAUAAAAUUAAUUUAGAUAAAUAUUUAUUUGAAGGAAUUCCAUCUAAUGAAAAUGUACUCUUUGAUGAUCAAAAAAACUCUUUAUCUAAUGAGCCGUUAAUUAAUAUGGAAUAUUGUAAACAGUUGCAUAGCAUGGGAUUUACAUGGGCACAAUCUAAAAAAGCACUUAUAGAGACAGAAAAUUCAGGAGUAGAAGCAGCAAUGUUAUGGAUUCUAUCUAAUAGGGAUUCCUUAAAUGAUGACAAUACUUUUGAGUCAGUCUUUCCUAAAAUAGAUGACAAACAAAUAAAAAUUUUAGAAGACAUGGGCUUUACAUCCUCUCAAGCAAGAAAAGCAUUAAAAGAAACUGAUUCAAAUACAGAACGUGCAAUAGAAUGGUUAUUUUCACAUCCAGAUGAUAAUAUUAAUGAUUUUGAAAUAAAUAAAAAUGGUAUGACAGGCCUCAAUAAACUUCCAGCAACAUACAAAUGUCAAGCGAUUAUUUGUCAUAAAGGUGGAAGUGUUCAUGCGGGACAUUAUGUAGCUUUCAUUAAAAAACAUAUUUUUGAUAAAGAAGAAUGGAUUUUGUUUAAUGAUGAGAAAGUAAGCCAAGUCAAUGAUAUUAAUGAAGCGCACAAAACUUCAUAUAUAUAUUUUUUCCAAAGAAUUUAA